CCACAGCCUGCAGUUUCAGCUUACAGCAGGAACCCGUUUAGUACAUGGAUUGUCUUUUUGCUAAAGGUUGAAAUCGUCGCUGUUUUAGACAGAGAGAGGGAGAGAGAGAAAGAAAAGUAGUAGUGCAGUAAAAGGAAAUAAAAAGCCAUUGGCGUGUAAGUUUGUCAACCCCCAAGAUAUCUGAGUCCUGAGGAUGCUGCAAGCCAUGAGUGACAAAGAGCAGGGUAUGGUGCAACUACUUCCAGAACAGGCUGCUAUUCUGGCAAAGUGUGGAAAAGCCUUUAGUUAUGCUGUUAGUGUCAAAUUUAAUAGCACGGCUAUUCUCUGCAAUGUGGAAGAGGCUGACAUCUUUGCUAGUAACACAAGUGGUGUUUUAAGUCCUGAGAAGAGGUACUCCACAAAGCUGUCCGGCGGAGUCGAAGUAUCAGUCUGGAAGGAUGAUCUUACACGUCAUAAAGUGGAGGCUGUGGUCAAUGCAGCCAAUGAGAAGCUAAAACAUGCAGGCGGUCUUGCACAAGCCCUGAGUAAAGCUGGGGGACCAAAGAUCCAGAAAUGGAGUGACGAAAUUGUAGAAAAAAAUGGAAAAUUGCCAGUUGGUCAGGCAGUGCUCACUCCUGCUGGAGAUCUUCCGUGUAAUUACAUCAUACAUGCUGUUGGUCCCUGCAUGUCUCCAAAUCCAACCAAAUCAGAGACUGAUGCUGCUGCACCAUUAUUAUAUAAUGCUAUCAAUAAUAUCCUACAAAUUGUCUUGGUGAACAACAUUUCUUCUGUUGCAAUUCCUGCUUUGAGUUCUGGCCUUUAUUUUCCAAGAAAUCUCUGUGCAGACAUUAUCGUAAAGAGUAUAAAGCAGUUCGAUGAAUACAAAAUGUUUCAAAGAAACAUUAAAAUCCAUCUGGUCAAUAAUGACGAACCCUCUGUUCAAGAAAUGGAGAGAGCAGCUAAGAUGUUUUUAGGGCAGUCCAGCAUCUCUGGCACAUACAGUGGAGCCGUUCAGGGCAGCAUGACUUUCUCUUCUAGCAACAGGUGUCAAUUUGGGAAUGUAAUGCUGCAACUUAAAAAAGGGGCUAUUGAACAAGAAGCGGUUGAUGUAAUUGUGAAUACAAUUGCAACAGAUUGUAAUUUGUCCAUGGGGCAGGUUUCAAAAGCAAUUUUGAACAAGGCCGGCAGCAAGAUUCAAGACGAGAUUUUCAGGAUGAGAAAAAAAGGCAAUUCCUCAAAUAUCUAUGUGACAAAGGGAUAUAAUCUGAAUUGUGCAGCAGUUUAUCACACUGUAUGCGCAUUUAAGAUUGAACACAAGGCCUCACAGGUUCUUUAUACAGUGGUCUUGGAUUGUUUGAGGAAAGUUGCAUUUGGAUAUAACUCCAUCUCCUUCCCAGCUAUUGGUACUGGGAAUCUUGGCUUUGAGAAAAGGGAGGUUGCCAAAAUCAUGACAGAUGCUGUAGAAGCAUUUGCCAAAGAUAACAAGAAAAAACUGAACGUGAACUUUGUUGUGUUUCCAAACGACGUGGAAAUGAUGGAGGCUUUUGAAAAUGAGAUGAAAAGGAGGAAGGGAGCUGCAAAGUCCCCAGAAGUACGCAAUGACAUGACAAGCUUUGCUUCUGCAGUCAAAUAUACCACAGCACAUCAAAUGCCAACUGUUGAGUUGGACAGUGCUUCCAUUGAAGCUCUGAGAGAAGCAAAAGAGUGGACAGUUAAUAUGCUAAUGCCAUCAAUAAAUAGAACCAUAAAGAAUAACCAUGUCAUAUAUUUUGGACAAGACGACCACAAACAUCUUCUUACUCUCCAAACAAUGUUGAAUGUUCGCAUUGAGGAGUUCUUCAGGAACGGUAAUGGUGGCAUAACCAUCACUGGAAGCUCUUCAGAUGUCAGUUGUGCAGCAAUCGAGGUCGAGGCCAUGCUUUGUAAGGCCCAGGAGGACUUCGUCCGAGCUGAAGAACGUGACAUGCUGUAUUCUGUGGUUCGUUGGAGCUGUAAAGAUGUCCCUUGGAUACAAACACCUCAAAUCAGUGCAGAUUUGGAGAAAGCUUUUCUGGCAGGGUAUAAAAACUAUGAGUUCAAAAACCACAAAGUCAACUUUUUAAGCAAGACUUUGAUUGAUGACUCUGGACAACACUACAUUGUGAAAAGGACAUGCUUGAUCGCUCCUUUCAAAUCUCUUGAUUCGUUUUAUACAAGAACACAAGUGACCAAGGACGAUUAUGCUGCAAAAGAAACAAGAAGUGCCAUUGAUGCUUGUGGGCUUCAUACUGUAAAGAUGGAGAAGCUAGAGAAUGGUGUGCUCAAGCAACUUUUUGAAAAGAAUAUGCAGAGAGUGAAAGACAAACCGAGGCGUCUCUACCAGCGCGUGUCUGCUCAGUUCUGUGAUCUCAUCUGCAGAGUGGGCUUUCAGAAAGAGUUCGCACCUCCUGCAGAGCAAAGGUAUGGCAGAGGAAUAUACUUCAGUGCUACAGUCGAUGGAGCAAUGAAGUUGUGGAAGGAGCAGGAAGAUGAGCAGUACAUCUACAUCAUUGAAGCCCAGGUCCUCACCGGAAAGUCCACGAUUGGUUCUGCAGAUUUGAUCUUGCCCCCUCCCUUAAGUGGAGACCCUCUGGAUCGUUUUGAUAGCGUGUCUGACAAGGGGCAGACAUGCGUUAUCUUCAGCAGUCAGCAAGCUCUUCCUAAAUACCUGAUCAUAUGUGCCAAAGCAACCCAUGUGUAGCAGCACAGCUCAAUAUGUAAAAACAAGGAGCAUAAAAAAUUAUUUUGUGGUUUAAUUACUGUAUGUAGAUUUCAAAACACUAAAUUUAACAAAACUUUUGAAAAAGCCAUCAGAAAUUAAAUACUGUGCAAAAAUAAAAAGAGGGAAUAAAGGUCUUUGUUGUAAUAAUUAGUGUAAAUAAAAUUUUUGAGUGAAGUACCAAAACGAAUGCUUCUUCAAAACUAAAUUUCUUUCUUUCUUUCUCUCUUUCUUUCUCUCUUUCUUUCUUUCUUUCUUUCUUUCUUGUUCCCUAUAGGUCUUGCCUUAGUUACUGUCCUCUCUUUACUCUUAACAUAGUUUCAUGAAAUUAGCUUUUAACAGAAAUUUUAGAUGGAAAUAGUAUUUUUUUUACAUGUUUAUAGCAGAAUACAAAUGGGUUUUUGGGUAAGUUUAUGGUUUCAAACUAUACGUUUUAAUUUAUUGAUUAAUUAAUGCAAUACAAAUGAACAAAUGAAUGUUUAUUGUAUCAGUAACUGAGUCCUUCCUGUUCCUGUGGUGUGAUUUGUAAAACUGAAUUAUACUGAAUACUUUGACUCAAGUAAAUAAAUGGCAACAUUCAACAAAAAAA